UUAGCAACGCUAACCGUUUAUGUUGGUUUCCAUGACCGUAGCUGGCUGUUAUAAACUAAUUUCCCCACACGGGUGAAAUGUCGAGGAGUUUUCCAGUUUGUCAGAGUUUGUGGAUGUAAAGUUCCACGAGGCUGUGAUUAUCCUAAAGGUCACAUUAAGGUUAUGUUGAAGAUCUAGCUUAGUUUCCUUUGUAACACUGUUUCACAGCAGUCCUCGAGUUGACAAUGACAUACAGGAGAGAAAGGAAUAUACGAGAAAUAUAUGAGGAACGCUUUUUACAGGAGAGACCGGGGCCGUACCCACGAGCAGCCGGGGCGGGGGAGAGGAGGGGGCCUUUUGGCAGACCAGAGGAUGACUAUGGCCGUGGUGGGUAUGAAUACGAUGGGGGUCCCCGCUUUUUCCCAAAUGGAGGUGGCCCACGCAGUUACCAUGGCGAGGAUCAGAGGGGGUACCAUGGCGACAACCUUCACUUCCCAGCUGAACGCAGAGCUGUCCCACCAUCAAGGAGGGAGGACUAUCCUUACAGAGUUCCCAGAGAAGACCCACAUACAGGACGCCCCAUGGAGUUCGGCACUCGAGCCCCACCUCCUCACAGUGUGCGAAGCCAGGGCAUCUACCCAGCACCCAGAUCCCUCCCAGAAAGCGGAGAAGACACACUAGUGCAAGCCAUCCUCAACUUGGACAGAGGAGAAGAUCACUACAGGAGAAAGGCAGCACCGUUCCCUCCCAUCAGAGAACGUUCCCCUGUACGCAGAGAGGUGGCCCGCUCCCCCCACAGUCGCUCCGGCUCCAGUGUCAGCAGCAGAGGCUACUCACCAGACAGGACCAAGAACUUGCCCUUCCCUUCACAGCAAGGCAAGAGUGUGGACGGUCCAGAGGGACAUGCUGGUAUUUCUGAGCACCUCUGGGGGGCGCUCUUUUCCCAACAGAGCGGACAUGACACUCUGGACAAAGUUCCUGGCCUGUCAAGAGAUGGCUCUCCACAGAGCACAACCUCAAACAAGGAGGAGGCCCAUCCUCCAGAAGGAGAGAAAGAGGAGCCAGUGGCGGCUCCUGUCGUGGAGGAAAGCCACAAGUCCGCAGACGACUUCCAGGAGCGUCGAGCCCAGGCCAUCGCAGUCAAAGCCCGGGAGAUAGAAAAGGUGUACCGCCAGGACUGCGAGACCUUUGGCAUGGUGGUGAAGAUGCUGGUGGCUAAGGACCCCAACUUGGAGAAGCAGCUGCAAGUUCCUCUCAGGGAGAAUCUUGGUGAAAUCCGCGAACGUUGCCUGGAGGACCUCAGACACUUCAUCAACGAGUUGGACCAAGUGGCACGGCAGCCGGAAUCUUCUGUCUGAGAUGCACCCGCUCCCCUCUUCAUCCCUGUCCAAUCACAAACUUUCUUACGAAACCAUGGGCUAACCAUAGCUCAUCUCACUGAUACAUUUGCCAGAUCUGGACUGUUAAGUGAGAUUGAGCGUGGAUCAGUUGUCAGUAUAGGAUGCUGAUGGUUGGAUAUGACAAAUAUCUGGACAGACUCUGGAUUGCUGGAUUUCUGUAUAGAGUCACGCUUGGACAGAACCUGCUCUUACAGCACAGCAACACAGGGAAGAACUCAGCAUGGAGAGGAAAUAUAUUGUUGCACUCAAUCUUGAGAUGAACAGUGUUAGUUUUGAAUGGAUCUUUUACUCUAAAUACAGGCAUUUUCAUCUUGUCAUUCACUAUUGAAGGGUAUUAAUUGCAAAAUGUCCUUUGAGUUUUUUUUUUUGUUUUGUUUUUUUGUCUUACUCAAAGAAAUGUAGUUGGACUGAGAGCAACGUUUGAUAAGCUGCCGAUCUUGUCUCGCCAUGGGGAAUGGUCAAACAUGGGUUUCAUUGGCCUCUCACAAGAAAAAAACUGUUGUUGAGAGAAUAAACUGCCAGCCCUCCGGUGUGAUCAUAGUUUUCCAUUCACAGCUAAAGAAAGCCAGAUAAGAAACAAAGUACUGUUUUGUGAUAUGUUCAGCGAUGUAAAUUUUUUGUAGCAUUCAGAUGUAUGAGUUGGUGCUGCUAAAUGCAGAACAGUGCUACAUUUUUGUAUAAAGUCUGAACACUCUGAAAACGUUAGAUCUGUUGUUUUCAUUGUUUUCUCAUUUUGCUGGCAUCCUGCCCUGAUUCUAUACUGUACAAAGCUUGAUUAGAUUAAAAAUAAAUUUGCACAAAACUGA